AUGGCGCCUGUCGCUGCGGAAGUGGAAGGCACAGGGCCGGCGGGCUUUGCAAGCGGGUCAGGGUCGAGCGCAGAGCAGGACACCAGGGCUCCCUUGAAAUCCUCACCUGCCAAGACGGCGUGGUCGCAUCUCGUAGACUAUACGCCGCCCACUCCCGCGCCGGUGCAAGAGAGGCACAGGAGCAGCGCCGCUUCCUUCGUCCCACCUUCUAGUCAGGCCUACUUUGCAUCCACCAUCUACCAGCAGCACAGACCCCUGAUCAUCGAUGCUGGGUCAUCCGAACUCAGAGCAGGUUGGGCGAAUGACAACAGAUAUGCGCUACCGGAAUUGACGCACGAGAGUCUGGUGUCGCGGUACAAAGAUAGGAAGAAGGGCAAUCAGGUGCUUUUGGCCGGUGCGGAGGCAAAUGUCGACGGACCGGCAAAGGGAGCUGCACGAAGUCCUUGGGAUGGCGACGUGAUCACCAGCACAGAUCUCCUUGAAAAUCUCAUCGAUUACGCUCUGCUCAAGCUAGGCGUAGCCAGCGAAGGCAGCGUUGAGCAUCCCAUCGUCAUGACAGAGACGCUGUGCAAUCCAUCUUUCCCUAGGUCACUCACUUCCGAGCUCCUGUUUGAGACUUACGGUGUGCCUUCGGCUUCGUACGGUCUAGACUCUCUAUUCUCAGCUUAUGCGAAUGGUCUAGAAGAUGCGCUCAUCGUAUCUUCUGGUCAUAGCGGCAGCCACAUCAUCCCCCUCGUCGGGGGAAGAGGUGAUCUGAACCAUGCCAAGAAGCUCAACCUAGGGGGCUCGCACGCCACUGACUUUCUCCUGAAGCUGACCCAGCUCAAGUAUCCCGCCUUUCCUACCCGCGUCAAUCCAUUGCAAGCCUCGUGGAUGCGUCAAGAGUUUUGCUACGUCUACACUCCAGCGACAUCUUCGUACGACGACCACAUCAGGCGACUUUCGAAUCCUGAUGAACUAGCAAAGGAAGACCGGAUCAUCCAGUUCCCCUUUACCAUUGUAGAGAAGGAGGAGAAGACCGAGGAAGAGCUUCAGCGACAGGCCGAAAAGAAAAAGGAAAGCGCUAGGAGAUUGCAGGAGCAGACACAAAGGAUACGGCUGGAAAAGCUGCUGCAGAAGGAGAAUGACUUGGCGUACUACAACCAAGUCAAGGAAUUUAAAGCGAAAGAACGCAAAGCAGAUUACAUGGCGAGUGCAGCGCCACUCGAUCGAGAAGGGUUCGAGACGGAGCAAGCACUGGAGCAGACCACCAAGAAGCUCGAGGCUGCUCUCAAGCGAAGCCGUGCUAGAGAGCUGGGUGCAGAGGAUGAGCCCGCCGAGCCGCCGAGUUUUCCGUUGGUAGAAGUUCCCGAUCAUCAGCUGGACGAGGAAGGUGUAAAGGAAAAGCGAAGGCAGCGCUUGAUGAAGGCGGGCUACGAUGCUCGGACACGCGCCAAGCUGGAAAAGGAAGAAGAGAAGAGGCUGGAGGAGGAAGCCAGACUCAGAGAUCAGGCUGAGAGAGAGAAUGACCCUCGAGCAUGGGCUUCCAAAGUGCGGGCACAGUAUCAGGAGUCCAUCGCCAAGGCUAAAGACAGAAUCAGACGAAAGGAAAUGCUGGCCGAUCGCAAAAGUUUGGCUGCUCAGGAGAGGAUGAAGACCAUUGCCAAUCUGGCAAGCGAAAAAGGGGACACUUCGGGUCCGGGAAGCACAAAGAGGAAGCGCGGCGCUGAUGAUGGCUUCGGCGCCAAUGACGACGACUGGUCGGUCUACCGCGAGAUUGGAAACGCCGACGACUCUGAAGAGGAGGAGGACGACAAGGUGACCCUUGAGCAGCUGGAAAGACGAUUACUGGAUCAUGAUCCCACCUUCACGGAAGACGACACCUGGUCCGCAGUCGAAGCUCGCAACAACAAGAUCACGACAACCUUUCUUAGGGGCUACUACCCUCCUUGGGACCCCGAUGAUGUCGCCCAAGCGCAUCAAAUCCAUCUCAAUGUCGAGAGAGCCAGAGUUCCGGAAAUACUUUGGCAGCCGAGCAUCGCUGGUGUCGAUCAGGCUGGACUGGACGAGCUGGUAACUCACGUCUUGCGCAACUAUCAGCAAGAUGUCACGAAGAGGCUGGCCAACAACAUCUUCGUGACGGGACAGCAUACGCAAUACCCAAAUUUCGACGAUCGCUUAUGCCAGUCAGUGAGGGCGACGCAGUCGGUGGACAUACCUGUGCGAACCGUUCGCGCAAGAGAUGUGAGGUUCGAUGCAUGGAGAGGCAUGUCCAUGUGGUCGUUGACGGACGACUUUCAGAAGACGUGCAUCACCAAGGCGGAUUGGCAGGAGAAGGGAGCGGAUUACUUGAGCGCUAGGCACGCUCAUCGGUUUACGGCUGCCAUGUACGACUAG